GCGCGCGUGCGGAGCGCCGGUGCGGCGCCGGGCCGAGUGGCCACGCGGGUCCCCCUCCCCGAGCCCCAGCUCAGCUUUCCCAGCCGCCGGCUGCAGCCGAGUCUUGGCACAGGCUUCCUGGAACCUAUGACCAAUGAAGUCUUGUCAACAUUCGCACCAGCUGAGGGUAGCAGCAAAGAAAUAGAAGACGUAGCAGUGUUGCAGGGGACUGUAUUAUCUCUCGAGUGUCACCUGUGGCCUAUGGGACAUUGGCUUGGGACCCUUUCACACACCAUGCUGCGUGGGACCAUGGCUGUGCACAGAGGAGAGAGGCUGGUGGACACACUGCUUUGGAUCCUCCUGGCCACGGCAGGCUGCCUUGCUGACUUGGUUGAGGUCCCUCAGGUCACCGUCCAGCCCGCAUCCACUGUCCAGAAGCCCGGAGGAACUGUGAUCCUGGGCUGUGUGGUCGACCCCCCGUGGGUAAACGUAACCUGGCGCCUCAACGGGAAGGAGCUGAACGGAUCAGACAAUGCUCUGGGUGUCCUCCUGUCCCACGGGACCCUUGUCAUCGCUGCCCUUAACAACCACACAGUGGGACGGUACCAGUGUGUGGCCCGGAUGCCUGCGGGAGCUGUGGCCAGUGUGCCAGCCACAGUGACACUAGCCAACCUCCAAGACUUCAAGUUAGAUGUGCAGCACGUGAUUGAAGUAGAUGAGGGGAACACGGCUGUCAUUGCCUGCCACCUGCCAGAGAGCCACCCGAAAGCCCAGGUCCGGUACAGCGUCAAACAAGAGUGGCUGGAGGCCUCUAGAGAUAACUACCUGAUUAUGCCUUCGGGGAACCUGCAGAUUGUCAAUGCCAGCCAGGAGGAUGAGGGCAUGUACAAGUGCGCCGCCUACAACCCAGUGACCCAGGAAGUGAAAACAUCCGGCUCCAGUGACAGGCUGCGCGUGCGCAGGUCCACUGCAGAAGCUGCCCGCAUCAUUUACCCCCUGGAGGCCCAAACUGUCAUUGUCACCAAAGGCCAGAGUCUCAUCUUAGAGUGUGUGGCCAGCGGGAUCCCACCACCUCGAGUCACCUGGGCCAAGGACGGCUCCAGUGUCACUGGCUACAAUAAGACCCGCUUCCUGUUGAGCAACCUGCUUAUCGACACCACCAGUGAGGACGACUCGGGUACCUACCGCUGCAUGGCCAGCAACGGGGUGGGGGCGCCCGGCGCAGCUGUCAUCCUCUACAAUGUCCAAGUGUUUGAACCCCCUGUGGUCACUGUGGAGCUGUCCCAGCUGGUCAUCCCCUGGGGCCAGAAUGCCAAGCUCACUUGUGAAGUACGAGGAAACCCUCCUCCCUCCGUGCUGUGGCUAAGGAACGCUGUGCCCUUAACCGCCAGCCAGCGCCUCCGGCUGUCCCGUAGAGCUCUGCGCGUGGUCAGCGUGGGGCCCGAGGACGAAGGUGUCUACCAGUGCAUGGCUGAGAAUGAAGUUGGUAGUGCACACGCUGUGGUCCAACUGAGAACCUCACGGCCAGACACGAUGCUGAAAUCCUGGCAGGAUGCUGGGCCCCUCGCCGCCACACCUCCCGUGCCACCCUCCAGACCUGGCAGCCCUGACCAGAUACUGAAGGAGCAGCCCGGGCUCGCCAAGCCGCCGACGUCAGUGCAGCCUGCCUCCCUAAAGUGCCUGGGAGAGAGGGAGCAGGUGGCCCCUGCUGAAGCUCCGGUCAUCCUUAGCUCACCCAGGACCUCCAAGACCGACUCAUAUGAGCUGGUGUGGCGCCCUCGGCACGAGGAUGGCAGCAGGGCGCCCAUCCUGUAUUACGUGGUGAAGCACCGCAAGCAGGUCACAAACUCCUCUGACGACUGGACCAUCUCCGGCAUCCCAGCCAACCAGCUCCGUCUGACCCUCACCAGGCUUGACCCUGGCAGCUUGUAUGAAGUGGAGAUGGCAGCCUACAACUGUGCCGGCGAGGGCCAGACGGCCAUGGUCACCUUCCGGACCGGACGACGGCCCAAACCUGAGAUCAUAGCCAGCAAGGAGCAGCCGAUCCAAAGAGAUGACCCCGGUGCCAACCCCCAGAGCAGUGGCCAGCCGGACCACAGCCGCCUCUCCCCCCCAGAAGCUCCAGACAGGCCCACUAUCUCCAUGGCCUCUGAGACCUCAGUCUAUGUGACCUGGAUUCCCCGUGGAAACGGUGGCUUCCCAAUCCAGUCCUUCCGUGUGGAGUACAAGAAGCUAAAAAAAGAGGGAGACUGGAUUCUGGCCACCAGCGCCAUCCCUCCCUCGCGGCUCUCUGUGGAGAUCACAGGCCUAGAGAAAGGCACCUCCUAUAAGUUCCGAGUCCGUGCUUUGAACAUGCUGGGGGAGAGCGAGCCCAGUGCCCCAUCCCGGCCAUAUGUGGUAUUGGACUACAGUGGCCGCACGUACCAGAGGCCAGUGGCUGGCCCUUACAUCACCUUCACUGACGCAGUCAAUGAGACCACCAUCAUGCUCAAGUGGAUGUACAUCCCAGCCAGUAACAACAACACCCCAAUCCAUGGCUUCUAUAUCUACUACCGACCCACAGACAGUGACAAUGACAGCGACUACAAGAAGGACAUGGUGGAAGGGGACAGGUAUUGGCAUUCCAUCAGCCACCUGCAGCCAGAGACCUCCUAUGACAUCAAGAUGCAGUGCUUCAAUGAAGGAGGGGAGAGCGAGUUCAGCAACGUGAUGAUCUGUGAGACCAAAGCUCGGAAGACUUCCAGUCAGCCUGGUCGAAUCCCACCCCCAACUCUGGCCCUCCCACAGCCACCACCUCCAGAAACCAUGGAACGGCCAGUGGGCACUGGAGCCAUGGUGGCACGUGCCAGUGAUCUACCCUAUCUGAUUGUUGGGGUCGUCCUGGGCUCCAUCGUUCUCAUCAUCGUCACCUUCAUCCCCUUCUGCUUGUGGAGGGCUUGGUCUAAGCAAAAACAUACAACAGACUUGGGUUUUCCUCGAAGCACCCUUCUAUCUUCCUCCUGCCAGUACACCAUGGUGCCAUUGAGAGGACUUCCGGGCCACCAAGCCAACGGCCAGCCCUACCUGGGUGGCAUUAACAGUCGAGCCUGUGCCAGCCGGCUGCAUGGGGGCAGGGGCUGUCCUGUGGCUGCCAUGGGCUGCCCAGGUGCAAAAGCUCAGCAGCAGUGCCCACGGGAGCUUCUGCAGCGGGACAACACCUACAGCCCGUUGAGGAAGACCACUGUUGCCAAUGGAUGUGACCCCCAGAGCCGCCAGGUUGCCAGAGGUCCCACAUCCAGCCCGGACAAGGGCUCUUGCUUGUACACGCUGCCCGAUGCCUCCACUCACCAGCUGCUCCAGCCCCAAGACCGCUGCCACCUGCAGGAGCCACCUUCAACCACGUGCCAGGCAGGACCAAGGAGGACGCCUGAGGGUCCUGGCCUCAAAGCUUCAUGGGACCCCCCGUUUCACACAGGGCCCCAGUGCUGCUUGGGCCUUGUUCCGGUUGAAGAAAUGGACAGUCCUGCCUCCUGCCAAGUGGUUGGAGGAAACUGGUGUCCCCAGCACCCCACGGGGACCUACACAGGACAGGAGCCUGGGAUACGGCUCUCUCCCAGCCCACCAGCCCAUGCAUCUUUUGAAACGCCACCUCCCACAAUUUAGGUUGAAGCCGAUAUCCCAGAAAGACUAUAUAUUGUGUUUUUUUUUAAAAAAAAAGAGUCAGAGAAAGUUGGUAUUUAUUUUUCUAUUAUAGCCAUAUUUAUAUAUUUAUGCAUUUGUAAAUAAAUGUAUAUGUUUUUAUAAUUCUGGAGAGACACACAGAAUCCUCACAUUUGAGGUUCAAAGAGGGAAACAAGUGCUGAGGAAAAGAGUCCAGCAGGAAAGAAGAGCCAGCUACAGGCACCGUGCACAGAGCCUGCUGGAAGGGAGACACCAGGCCUGCUGUUCGUGAAGACCAGGAGGGAAGAGGCGGAGGCUGUGGCAUUGCAGGCCGAAUACGCCCCUGAAGACGGCCGGGUCUGGUGGCACAGGACACAUUUUCAAGACGGCAUGGGGCGGACCCACAUGUGAACAGCACUAUAAGCAUUAAUGAACCUUCCAGAACCAAUAUCCCAUGGCAAUAUAUCUCUGUACAAACAAACACUGUAACUUAUAAAUAAAUGUUUAGUCUUCCCUGUAACCUCCAACUUA